AUGGGGAGCAGGCUUCCCCGUGGAACCGGCUUGGCGGCAGCAUUCAUGGGGCGUGCAAGCAGCUUGGCAGCAGCACCCAACUCAUCCAACUCGGCGGCGGCCCUCUUCCCUGCUGGUCGCGGAUUUGGCUCCACCGGAUGGGGAUUUCCAACAUCUGGUGGCUCUCCUUCCUCCAAUAGAUUCCCAAUCCCUCCUUCCCCAUGUCCAGUAUGGUGGGAAGCACCUGGAGUUGGUACUCCAUCGAAUUGGGAUCCAACAAGGGACAAAGAGACACACCCACCUGGUGGAUUUAUGAGUUAUUUUCCUAACCAGCUGCAUAACUUUCAUUUGGUUGGAGCAACAAUGAGUACAACAGUUUCAAACCACAAUGCUGAAAGUUCACCAAUAGAUUUGGAAAAUUUAUCUGAUCACCAGCAUGAUGGAGUUGAUAGUGACAGUGAAAAUGUAAGAACUGAAAAGCGGAUCUUAUGGACAAUAGAUGAGGAUGAAAAAUUGAUGAGCUCUUGGGUUGAAAAUUCUACGGACUCUACACAAGGAGCUGAUAGGGGUGGCAACCAGUAUUGGGGUGAGGUUGUUGAUUCGUACAACAAGAGUAUCCCGUUAAAUAGGAAAAGAAAUGCCAAGCAAUGCAAGGAUCGAUGGCACAAGAUCAAUAAGUGGACUGACCUUUUUGAAUGUGCUUACUUGAAGGCUCAAAGAGUAUUUGCAAGUGGUUAUUCUGAGGAUAUGUGGUAUGAUGCAGCCCAAACCUUUUAUGUGGAGGACAACAAAAAGCUUAAGCUAGGACCCUUCACGCUAAAAAAGGUUUGGAAAGCUUGCCGAGGAGAGCCGAAGUGGAAGACAUACAAUGAAGAGUUGAAGAAGGCACGUAAAAGGAAGGCACACCAGCUUGAUCAAGGAGAGGAUACAAAUGAUGAAAGUUCAGAUGAAAUGCCAAAGAGACCAAUAGGGCAGAAAGCAGCAAAAAAGGCUUCUCUUGCUGCAAAAGGUAAAUCAAAGGAACUAGGUGAAGAUGGUAUAUCAAAAGAGUCAGCAAUUGAUGUGGAUGGACUUGAUAAGUUGAGCAAAAUACAAGAAAAUGUUGCUGCAAAUCGCAUGAAGGCGUUAGAGAUUCAACAGAAAUUGUCUGCUGAGAAGCUUGAAAGCUCUAGGAUGGCUCACCUUACUGCUCAGGAGAACAGAGAGGCAAAGAAACUUGAGAAAGAAUCCAAGAUGAUGGAGGCCUACACUACUCUCAUCUCUAGAGAUACAAGUGCAAUGUCUGAUGAAGAAAAGGACUAUGAAGACAUUUGA